AUGGCCGAAGUAGCAUUGCUGCAGAAGCUCAACAGUCUCUUCAGCCGGGUCACAGAGGAUGAGCAGAAUGAUGGCUCUGGUGUGAUCGACGCAGAGCUGCAGCGGAUGCUGGACGGAUAUCUCGACAGCACGGAGCAACCUAGCAACGAGAUUGUGACUGCACUCGUACAACACUGGCAAGCGUUGCGUCCUCGAGUCGCCGGCACGGGAAGACUUGAUCGACAUGCAGCGCUCUUCGUGCUCCUGCUCAAGAGCGUCACCUGCAGGCAGGGAUCUACCGACCAGCAAAAGACUGAAUGGACCAAAGCUUGGUAUGCUACCCUCGUGCGGCCUGCGCUCCUGCUCGAGGCGCCAGAUCGUGUCCUGCUCGAUCGGCAGGCUAUGACCGCCAUGACAGAGUCGGCAGUCUGGGCGGGUACAUCGACCGACGACGCUCUUUCAUCAAUGACGAGCAUGCUCGUCGAGGAUUACCUGGCGAGCGUCAAGACGACCGCUGCGCAAGAUGUCAGGCUCCUCGAAAACGUUCUCAUCACGCUCGGUCGGACGAAUUCCAAGGCUUUCCUGGCCAUGCUGUACUCCCGUCUCGUCCUCGCGCCCCCCGACCGCUACUCCUGCAUCUUUCUCAUCAACGCCUUCUUGCGGACUCAUCCAUCGCAAGCAUAUCUGGCAGUAGCCACAGAGAGCAAGCUGCUUGAUGUUCUGGCUUUGAUCGCGACCGUCGAACAGCAUCUCGGUUGCGUUACGCUUUCGCUCCUCACGAUCGUCACCGUGCUGCCCAGGAUCACGACCUACGUGCCUGCCGCAUUGCCCAAUCUGCUCGCUGCUCUUGGCAGGUGCAUCACUUGGCCAGAAGACCAAGCCGUUAUGCCAGAGACUAGCGAGGUAGCAAUCGAAGCGCCGCCAGCCAGUCCAGCAAUACGAACUUUCGACUUACGGCCAGAGCUGUCAUGGCAGCCGGUUGUCGAUCACGGUACCCAGCCGCCAAAGGUGUCAGACGUGAUACCUGCCGUCACUGCGCUCUUCACGUGUCUCUACGGCCUGUAUCCGCGCAACACGCUCACGUUCUUCAGAGAAGGCACAGCCUAUCUUCGUCGGUCUGGCUGGGCAUCGCCAUUUGCGCACGAGUCUACGAUGGAUGAGGUACUCGAUCUGUCGCUGCUCCAACGUCGCUGUGAGCCCAUCCUACGAUCUCACGCCAUCAAUUGCAACCUGCUCUACUUUGCAGACUUGGCAGCAGAGCUGAAAGACGUAGAUCGAUGGGCAAAGCAGGAAGGCCCAGAUGUCAUCGCCUUUUGCGAUUCGCACGUCAUACCUCGAAAGUCAGACCUGAUAGCACCCGAUCUGACGGGGCAUCUCACCUUGCGACUCGAUCAUUCGGCAGAGACCGAUACAGCUACACUUCGCCGCGCGCUAGCUCUUGCGCGUUCCGAAGUCGAUUUCGAGCGUUUCCUGCGGAGUCAGCAGCAACAGCAUAUGGGCUCCUUACAUCGACAGGCUAUCAUCGACACCGGCGUAGAAGCCGAACGACAGAAUCUGUACAAUACCAUCCGGCAUCUGCGUUCGCAAGUGGCACGAUCACAUAACGAGCUCACGAAGACGCGCACGGAAGCUGCCGAGUCAAAGUCUCGCCAGCGACGCUACGACUUGGAGCUGCAGACCAAAGUCAAGGCGCUGAGGGAAGAGAAGGCGCAGUGGCAAGUCGAAUUGGAUAGCGUCAAAGAAGCUCUGGCUUCGACGAGAGCAGCAUUCGAGGAACAGUCACGCGAUAUGGAUCGAGCUGGCGCGCGUCUGUUCGAGUACGAUGCAAAGCAGCAACAUGACAAGCCUGUGGGCGAAGAGCUGGCAGCUGCUCGGACGAAGAUCGAAGCUCUUAGCUCGGAGCUUCAGCAGAGGGAUGAGCAGCUUGCAAAGCAGCACCAAGAUCAGGAAGAGGCCAAGCGACUCAGGGGUGUACUUCAUGAGCAGCAAGAGCUACUGCGUGCUGCAGAGACCGAGCUUGACUCUGCUCGCGAGAUCACCUUGACGCAAGAGCGCGCAGUAUCGGAUCUCGAGCAGCAACUGUUGCAGCUCAGAUCGACUCGGGGCUUGUCGAGCUCGGCCAACGGCGAUGCAGCCCGAGAGCUCGAGCGGCUUCGAACGGAGCACAAGAAGAUGCGCUCAAGAGUGACUGAGCUCGAGAUCAAGCGUCACUCGUGGAGCAACGGCAUCACCAUCGCAUGA